GGGCCUAAGUGUUUAGUGUGGGCAUUUAUUUCGAUCGAUUUAGUAUGGUUAUGUUACAUACGAAAAUGGCGUGGCCCUUUCUUAUUUUCAUAUAACAAUUGCCAAGAUAUAGUGAAUUGCUUUGUGUUUGUAAAGGAAACGCGCCCAACUAUAUAAGUGAUAUAUUUAUAUCAAAGUAAACAGCAGCCCAGAAAGUGCUUGUAUUGGCGGUUCUUAAUUCUUCUGGGUCCAAGUUGACCAGGGAUUGUUCAUGUUAGUGAAGUGCAUAACAGAGUCACUUGUUCGGCAGGUUUAUCACCGUAUUGUCUCCGUUAUUGAAGUGAUUUUAGAAGUUGCAUAAGAAAAAUAAAAUAGUGUAUACUUCAAUGAAAAAUAUUGAAUGCGUAGUGAUAUUUUGUGUUCCAAAAGGUGUACGUUGAGGUGUGCGACAAGUUCUGUUUGUGCGAUCGGUUUCUGGAUGUGUAUCUGUGUUGUCUCAGUAAAUAAUGAGUUACUACUACUACCAACUUCCACCGCCCGAAGAAGUGGAGGAUUCAGCCUGCCUGACAGGAUCGCUCCGUCAUCCAAAUAGUCGCAAUCGCCAACCUCAAUCAUCACAGCAGUGCCAACAUUACCAUCAUAACCGCCCUUACAGACCGCAAUCAUCAACAGACAGUAUUCCCUUCGUCGAUGCUGACACUUCCAGUGGCCAACCCCGUGUCAGUAAUCUGUCACUUGAACUAGGCACAUCGAGCAGCGAAGAAACAGUGAGUCGACAUUCAACUUGUCCCCAUAACAGCAAACCCCGUACUACGUCAUCAACUGGAGCUACGUCACUACGACGUCGGCGUCGUUACCCUCCACCUCCGCCCUCUCCCCCAGCAACUUUUCUGGAUUCAGAAGACGCUGCGAGUCUCAAUAACUUAUUGGAUGCUCUAGAUGACCUUGACGUUGUGGAAGAAGACAGACGCAGCUCGUUGACAACAACGGGAAGCAGCCAUGAUGAUGGGACGGCAGCAGAUGAGGAACUCGUGGUACCUCGUAAUGGACCACCACGGCCCACACUGGCGUCGAUUUUAGUGUCAAUACCACCCCCACCCACCCCACCCCCACCCGAGAAUGAGGACAGGGAUGACUGUCAAGAAUUAAAAGCGCACCAGCGAUAUCAACAGCAGCUGAGACAACCCGUGAAGAGAAGCGGCCCCUACAGCAACCACAACGCCAGAUUCGUUCCUCCAUGUCCACCUACGUCGCCUCCUAAAGACAACCAACAAAAGGAAGCAGAGAGGAUCAAUCAUUCUAGCACCUGUCCAGCCGCCACGCCGCCAAGCUCCCCUCUGGACUCUCCACCACCCCCAGCUCCCGUUCCUGCCGCCCCCAUACCGGCACAUUACAUUUCGUCCCUAAGGGCCUCUUCCCGAAGAGGCGGUUUGAGUCCAGAGAAGGAAAGAGACCCACUAGCAAGACUGUUACGGUUCCUGCGGGCCUUCUAUCGUGAAUUGGCUGGCAGAGACCCAGCUCAACCGCCGCCCUGGGCACCACCUCUGCCCCCAGGAACGCUAUGUCCCGCACACUUUCAGCCCUCGUUGCAACUAGCGCCACUAGGAAGUGCCGGACGACCAGAGAACGAACCACGAGAUACUAUUCGACUCGACCAGAUACUGUCGGCAAUAAGGACGAAUGAGGGGGCAAUGCACGAAGCUCCACGUCGCGUCGUGGUGGAGGGUGGCCCCGGCAGUGGCAAGACAACCCUGGCUCUGAGACUGCUGCAUUCAUGGGCUACACAGGAUGACUGGUUGGGUCCGUCCAUACAGCUUGCUCUCUUCGUUCCACUCCGGGAAUUGCGAGGCAGUACUUUGGCCCACUACCUAAGCAAGGAACUGCUCCCCAAAACGGCGCUCAGCGGUGGUACAAGUCCCUGGGGUGGAGGGGGUGGGGGGAGCUGUGGUGGGAGUGGAAAUGGUUUCGCUCAAGUGUGGAAGUGCCUCGGUCUCCUAGAAGACAGGUUAUUGUUUGUGUUGGACGGUUACGAUGAAGCUGUGGCGCUUGGUGGACAAGAGUGUAAGGGUCAAGGCAGUACAGGAGCUGCAAGCGGGAGAGAAGCGUUGGGGGAUGCUGUGGAGCUUCUUGAGGGCCGCAUGUUCCCUGAGUGUCGCAUCUUGAUCACGUGUUCUCCUGGCUGGAGUUCAGAGCUGUUCCCGCUUGUUCAGCGUAGAGUGCUUCUUCAGGGACUGGACUGGGUGCAUGUGGAGCAUCUGGUGACUGCCUACUUCACCGGAAACAAGAAACCAGAGAGUGCUAACCGUUUUCUGGAGGUUGUGUACGCGAGUCAGCAAGUUCUCCGUCCUCUGGCAUGUUGGCCUCUUGGUUGGCUUCUGCUUUGUGUUCUUUUUGAAGAGGAAGGUGGCCAUUUGCCAACAGAUAUGCUGGAUGUCCAUCAGGCCCUAUUUAAGUGCCUUAUCCGCCGGAGUCUUGUCAGGAAGGGUGAAAUUUUAAUGUCCAGUGGAACAUCUUCUGACUUACCAGGACACUGUAAAAAGUUGCUAGCCGAGUUUGGGAAGCUUGCACUUACGUGUAUAAAAGAAGAAAGGUUUCUGUACACAGACUCAGAGAUCCGAGCUCACUGUCGGGGUGGUGGGCUAGAGGUUACAGAACUCGGCUUUCUCACUCGUGGUCUCAACUUUGGUCGCAGUCAUAACCAGAAGAAACGAGCCGAAUAUUACACGCCAGUGAUCCGGACGUUUGCAGAGUUUCUUGCAGCCCAUUACAUUUCUUCCAUUGUACAUUACUCAAACAUCCUGAGGAGAGAAGUAGAAGAUCUUCCUGGAAUGACUGGAGGAGGGACUGGAUCUGUUCUGGACAACAAUACAGUGUUAAUAUUGAGGCUCCUGAUGGGCCUGCUAGGACGUAAGGGACAUUUAGUGUUCAACCAAUUGUGUCCGCUGGAUUUUCCCACUCGGACGUUGUUCAUGCUUCUUCAAGCGUCAGGGCCAUCUGAAGCUAAUGUAGCAGCAGUGUGCAGACUACUAGGGGCAUCAAGUGGCAGUUGGGUGGGCAUGGGUAAUGGUACAUCUGGAUCGAGUUCCAAAGUUCCAGUUCCUCUAGUUCAUACAGCACCACUCGAGCUUGAAGGUUGGUCACAUGUUCUACAAAGUGAAGCAUGUACUCUAGAGGCACUGGAACUAGUUUUCCAGUUUGAUAAAGGUGCAGAUUAUGAAGAGCAUUUGGAUGCAUUCUUCACAUCAUUAUCUUCCAAUGACAGUGUUCGUUUAGUUCGUAUUUCUUCAUUGUUGGGUCAUGAGUUUACUGCCACCGAAGUGGAUCGACUGGCUGGUUACGUGAAGACUACACUGUCGAAGUCUAGGCUCCACACAUUUGAGCUGGUUAUAACCUGUCUAGAAGACAGCGCACAUGACAGGUUCCAGUCACUAGUUGAUGCGUUAUGUGAAGGUCUGGAGCAGAAUGCAAGUGCAAGCCUGAACAAACUGGUGUUAGACCUGAAUCUCGGGACGUGCCAGGUGGUGCAGCUGUGUGUUGCUCUCGAGCAAACAGAACAAGUGACAGUUCUUCAUCUACCGCAUUUGGGCUGUGGCAGAGAUGGUCUCCGAGCCAUUGCGCGGCUUAUCAGGGCCCGACCUCUUGUUGCACUGAACUUGUCUGGUAGCUGGGGCAUGCGGCGUGAAGAUCCGCCGUCCUCCAGCGGUGUUAGCGUUGGUUCAGGCAGUGGCAGCAGUGGGGGCGUGGGCAGCGGUGUGAGCACACUACAACACAUGGUGAAGCAGCCGUCACUUACCAGCAACAUCUCUCCAAAGACAACAACAAACUCUUCCUAUUACUUCUCAUCUCUGCCGCGUGGCAUCAUGGGAGGGUACAACAGCCUCAGCAGACCUGCCACCCUGCCUCGCCAACCCCUGCAGCAGCUUCUGCUUGAUGGCUACAGCAACUCCAGCAGUGGAGACAGCAAGAGGAACUCUGAUUCAGUCCUCUUCCAGAGACUGUUCCACCCUCUUCCAGCAUGUGACCCCGCUGUUCACUCAGGUUCAGGGUUCCAUGAUGUGUUCGAUGCUGCUCGUGAUCCUGCGUGUAAGUUGAGGAGCCUCAAUGUCAGCAAGUGUUUGCUUGGUGCAGAAGAUGCCCUUUGUCUAGGUGAAACUGUAAGGCGGUCAUUAUGCCUGGAUGCACUGCGGCUGGAAGGUGGGACACGCCUGGGAGAAGUGCUGCCCGUGAUUCUUGGACUAGCAGACAACACAUCCAUCCAGCUGCUGGACUUGGGUUCCCAGAGACUCAUUCUUGAGGAUGGCCCCACUCAACUUGUGUGCCAGUCUCUUGCCAAGAACACCAGCCUCCGACUUCUCAGCCUAGAGGGGUGGACGUUUAGGAUUGAGGAAGAAGGCUCUCUCUCAGUGUUUCUUGGAUUCCUUCAGUCCACAUCAAUUCGAGACCUUGUUCUUGCUAACUGCCGGCUGCAUCUUGCUAUACAUGGUGGUCGUCUUUCACGUCUUGGCCGUCUUGAUGAUUCAAUAGCAGAGAUGCUCAGCUCUUUGCCUGAUUUUGUCUGUCCUGCCGUUGUCUUCCUCCGCCUUGGCGGUUUCCAAGUGACAGUGAAUGACCGAAUGGCGCUUCGUGGGCCUCACCUUUUACCAUUCCUUCGUGGUUUCACCCACCUCAGUGAUCUAGACCUGAGUGUGGACAAGAACUCUGUCAGCAGCACUACAAGUAGUCCAUUGUUUGUGGAUGAUAAGGCACUAACUUCUUUCUUCCAGACUUUGUCCGCUAGUUUCAGAACUCUUCAAAGUCUCAAGAUGAGUCACUGGAGAAUUUAUCUUGAUGACAGUGACAGAACUCUGCGAACAGUUGGGAGGGCUCUCAAGACAUGUUCUCUUAGUUAUCUCAAAGUGAAUGGCCUUGGUGUAUCUGACAGUGCUCACAAAGGAUCACUUGAGCAUUUGUUCCUACAGGCAGUGGUAGCAAAUCUAAGUUACCUUAGUUGGUUGAGUAUGGUUGGUGUCUCCCUAAGCCCAGGUCAGUCUGCAGCUGUGGGGAAGUGCAUCAGGGAUCGUUUCCCAGGAACAGCUCUAGAGGUGAGUGCGAAAGAUGUAGGUGCAGAAGCUGUGAAGGCUUUAGUUGCAGCUCUGGAGGAUGGGGGAAAGAUUGAGGUUAUGUAUGUUGGUGGACCCAGCUGUAAUCUUCGUAUCCAAAGGAUUCUUAAAAACCAAAAAUUAAAGGGAAAAUUCAGAAGAUUUACAUCUCUUAAAGAAUGAAUGUUUGUUUUAAUGACAUGUGCAAUAACCUAUACAUUAUUCUGGUAUCAAAAACAAGUAGGAGCCACCUUCCAUGUCUGUAAUGACAAAUGCUGUUGCUUGAAACUGAGUGAUCAGUCUUCAUCCAGAGUGUCAAAAACCAUAGAAGAAUGACCCAGAAGAUGGAGGCAGCAGGUUUCUCCAAAACAUUGAUGCCUAUCUUCUAGAUUAUAUGGCUUCACCUCUAAGAAGGAUACAUAAUCCUCCUUUCAUGUCGAUUCUUGUACUUAAAGUUGCAAUAAUCAUAAUUUUAGGUGCUUGAUAACUAAGAGAAAAAGAUGCAGUGAACUCUCAAUUAUCCACAAUAAUGGAGAGGGAAAGUAGUAUGGUUAAUUAAAAUCAGUGGGUAAGAAAAAUACGUGUACCUAUAUCAAUUAACUUUUUAUACACUAAAACCAGUAAUGAACCGUAGACUGCAGAUUGCACUGGCCACUAAACAGUGAGACAAAUAUCCUUCCAGUGAAACAAAGCAAACCUUGUUCAGUGAUAGGACCAACAUGAAUAACAAUAAAAUCAAGAAUAGAAGGUUUCAGCAGAGUGAGAAAAUAUACAGUUUACUGCAAAUAACUGUAAAACAUUGAUUUUUAUUAUUGAAAUAGAAGUAAUAAGCAACAUUUAAAUCAUAUAGGAAGCUGUAAUCAAUUAUUCAUUGGUUCUGAAAGUUACAUCGUUAAUCCACAAAGCAGAUAAUCUGCUCAUGGAUAAUUCAGAGUCUACUGUAUGCAUAUAAUUAAAGACAUUACAAUAAACUAUGAACCCUAUUUAAAACUGGUCUUCAGUACUGGUGUUCAUCUAUGGUUAAGAAUGAAAUUAUAAUCUAUUGAAAUCACACAUGACAGUUGUAUUCAAUCACUUAUAUUCCUAUAAAAUGUAACUUUUGUGGAAUUGGACUUCAUUGUUAGCCCAGUUUGUAAAUAACGAUUAAUUAUGUUUUUGGGUUUGAUUUCAUUACAUCUUAGAUACUGUAAAGUGUUAAAGCCUUGAAACACAUUGCUGUGAAUGUUAUAUCAUUGUAUGCAUUUUAAAAACACAGGAAUUAACUAGAAAUCUGAAGAAUUGGUUAGCAUGGACUGUGUAUGACUCAUAUGUCAUUGUAACUUAAAAAAUAAGAAAGCAAUUUAAUUGGUAUAUUAUCUAUGUAUUCAUUAACAAAUGUUGGAUAAUAAUGAUAUACUGGCCACAGUAUUAAACUAGAAUAAUACAGUUGCAAGUUUCAGGAACCAAUAAAAUCCAAUGGAUUCUACAUAGGAGAUUUGUUUUAAUAGCUAAUUUUUGUAUUACCUUUUCUAUAUUUGAGGAAUUGAGUUUUAAGAUGGUGCUAUUUUUGUUGAGAAUGACAUGGUGUACAUCAUUUGCAGGAACAAAUUGAUCACUGUAUACAUUAAUAUGUUUUAUUCAAUAAUAUAACAAAUCAGAUUUGGUAACAGUCAGGUAUAUAAUUAGAUUUGGGAUAUAUACAUAUAAAUAAAAGUGACUUUUUGCGGAGUUUUAAUGAAAUUGCUAAUAUUUAAAUGUGAAACAAUCAUCCACAUAUUAUACCUAUUUAUGAAAUUUUUAAGUGGUGGGAAAUACUUUCAUGUAAGAAGGUUAUGUGUCAGGGAAAUCUGUUAGUACUUUCAUCAUCCUGGAAAGCUGGGCUUUAAAAUAUACUCGUACUUCAUAUGAAAUGUAAACAAUUUUAUAAUAGAAAGCAGUCUUCUGGGAUGUGGCACCGUGUA